AUUGCCAAGUAGUUCAAUAUUAGGUUAAUCUUUUGAUCAUGAGUCCUGACCUACUUCAAAAUUGAGACCACUGUGGAUUAUCAGACUAUUUAAAACCCUUGCAACCUACUCUUCAUAUUAUCCUAUGUAUCUUAAUUUUCCAUCAUAAUCUUGAUCAGGACAACUAGAUGGGAUUGCUUACUGCAAAAACUGCCUGUUUUGUGUUCAUUUUGGUGUCGUCGAUAGCUGUGAUCCAGGUCGCAGGCAGGACUUUACGCGAUGGCUCUUCUGAAUUGUUUUCGGAUGGUGUGGCUCAUCAAGCUAAUGAUACCAUCUCAUCUCAUUUAGUUUUCAGAGGAAUGGUUGGUGAGUCUACAGAGAAUUGUGAGCAUAUGUAUGGUUUCUUGCCUUGUGCAGAUAGUCUUUUAGGCCAUUUGUUCCUUAUUUUGGUUUAUGAAUAUCUGCUGUUCAAUGGAGACUCCUAUGUGGCGUCAGGGGGUGAAAGGAUUUUUAAAAUUCUUGGUCCUGGUGUGUUCGGUGCUAGUGCAUUCCAAAUCAUUUGUGCUCUUCCAGAGUCUUUGAUACUUCUCGCAUCUGGACUCCUGAGUGAUAACGAGAAAGCGCAAGACUAUGCCUCUACUGGACUCGGGUUGCUGGCCGGGACAACUAUAUUUCUUCUUACAGUAGUUUGGGGAACUUGCAUUAUAGUUGGCAGUACUCAGAGUACUUCCGGUUUGAACUCUGAUCCUUCAAAUAGUUCAAGUUCGAGCCAAUCUAAAAUCAAGACGCUCAUAUCCAAAACAAAUGAAUUUUGUGUAACAACCGAUGAAGAGACAAGUUACACUGCAAGAAUUAUGGUUCUUUCAGUGAUACCAUUUCUCGUCAUUUUAAUCCCGGAAAUUUUUCAAAUAUCUUACGCUAGGGAACAUAUUAUCAUUUUCAUCGCUCUUAUAGUUUCUGCCAUAUUCCUGCUGUCAUACUUCUUCUACCAGAUGUUUGAGCCUUGGAUCCAGGAUAGGCAAUUAGAGUAUGUGAAACACGAACGUUUAGUUGUAGAUAUACUAAAGCAUGUCCAGCAACACACGGUUGGCAAACUCAUCAACGAAGACGGGGCUCCAAAUGAAUCUGCUAUAAGGAGCCUAUUUUCAGAGGUAGACCAGGAUCGCAAUAACUUUAUAUCGUUUGAUGAACUGAAGGAGCUUCUGCACGAAAUUCAGUUUAAGAAUACUAAUUGGGACAAGGAUAAAAAAAUUGCAGAGGUGAUGAAAGAAUUUGAUCUCAAUGGGGACCAGAAUGUAACUAUAGAUGAGUUUGUCAAAGUAUUCUCAAAAUGGCUUGAUGAUACAAAGAGUACCAUGGAUAAACGCUAUCACUCAGUUAAUUCAAUGAAAGAUCUUUACCAGAUUCUCCAUCCAUGGAUUCAGAACCGGAAAAAAGAACAUGAAAUGAAGAAGGCACUUGUAUCGGAAAUUGUAGGACAUGUUCAAAGCUCGGCACUAGGGAGCCUUUACACAGAAAAUGGAAAGCCGGAUAUAUAUGCUAUUAAAAGAUUAUUUGAAAAUAUGGAUUUGGACAAAGACAACAGUCUUUCACAAGAGGAGUUAAAAAAAUUGAUAGUGCAAGUAAAUUUCGGUAAGAUACCAUGGGAUGCAGAUGAGAUAGUGGGGAAAAUGAUGGAACAACUAGAUGUAAACGGGGAUCAAUUCAUCAAUGAGGACGAAUUUAUCUCUGGUUUUUUGAAAUGGCUCCGUUGCCUAGACAAUGGAUCUCCGAUGCCUAGUCCAUCAAAUUAUGGUCCAGGCAAUAUAUCUCCGAUGCCUAGUCCAUCCAAUUACGGUCCAGGCAAUAUAUAUCAAAAAAAACCGGCAGAACCUGCAUUGGUAAAGAAGAAAGCCGCAAAGACUUCUAUAUGGGAGUGGACGAAAGCUAUUACUCUUCUAGUGGUUGGAAUAGUCAUGUUAGCACUGCUAGCCGAACCCCUGAUAGAAAGUGUCCACAGCUUAUCUACAUCAGCCAAUAUACCCCCAUUCUUUGUUGCCUUUGUUUUAGUUCCAUUGGCAACAAAUGCCAGAGUUGCGAUCUCAGCUAUCAAAUCCGCGAGUAGGAAGAAAGCAAGAACUACCUCUUUGACAUUAUCCGAGAUAUACGGAGGAGUAUUCAUGAACAAUGUUCUUGGAUUUUCAGUACUUUUGGCUAUAGUAUAUUUUUAUAAUUUGUCGUGGCAUUUCUCAGCUCAAUUGUUUAUCGUUCUUAUUGUGAGUGCGGUGACAGGCUUCACUGCAAGUUUCAACAACAGUUUUCCAGUCUGGAAAUCAUUUGUGGCAUACCUGCUCUACCCUCUGUCAAUGCUACUUGUUUAUGCCUUGCAUAAUUGAAAAAGGAAAAAAGGAUAGUUGUGACAGAUAAAAGAAAUGCAGCUCAUUUGUAUUGUUUCACUGUCUGUAAAGCAUGUUAGUUAGUGAUAUAUAAAUUGUUUUUUUUUUUCC